GCAUGUAGACGCUUCCUGCGACAGCAAGCAGUAAAAGCAUUUAUAAAAUUCUCUUCGUGACGUUGAAAAGUUCGCUACGCGAAAAAAAAAAAACUUGAACAUGAAUCCGCUGACGAACAAAAUCGCACUCAUCACCGGUGCCAGCGCCGGAAUCGGCAAGGCAAUCACCGAGGAAUUGGUAUCGAAGGGACUCAAAGUAAUCGGACUUGAUCAGGAUUUGAACAAGCUGAAGUUGCUCGCGGAAGAACUGAAGGGUAAAUCCGGCAAGUUUUAUCCUCUUCAGUGCGAUUUGAGUCUUCAGAACGAGAACGAAAGCGCAUUGGAAUGGAUUGGGAAGAAUCUGGGAGCCGUGGACAUCUUAAUAAACAACGCCGGCAUAAGUUUGGACUCGUCCAGUAUCACUGGUGGCAUAGAAGAACUCAAGAAGACUCUCGACAUCAAUGUGCUCGGCUUGACGUGUAUUACCAAAGGAAUUUUACAGAUGAUGAAGAACAAGGGAUUAGAUAAUGGCGCCAUUAUUAACAUCAACGACGCCAUCACCUGGAAAGGCCUACCUCUCGCUUCCGACCGUCCACUUUCUCCGGCAUACGCGAGCAGCAAGUCCGCAUUAGCUACACUGACCGAAUGUCUUCGUUUGGAACUGGCGCAGAAUGAAUCCAACAUCAAAGUAAUUAAUAUCAGUCCCGGCUUGGUGGAGAGCGAGAUGACCCAGCAGUGGUUGACGGAAAAUCCACGAUUGGCUUUGAAGCCCAAGGACGUCGCAGACGCUAUUCUGUUCGCGUUGCAAACUCCGGAGAACGUGCUUAUCAAAGAACUUAUUAUCACUCCCAUUCGAGAGAUGUAAAAGCCAACAAAACCGAACGAAAUCGUUGUCUUUGAUGAAUAUAAGUGGUAUUUGAAAAACACAAGUUUUGCAGAUCUGUUAUAAUUGAUCGAAAUAAAUAGCAUUUACAAAAUAA